AUGCGCGUUUCUACCAUCCUUGCCGCUAGCACGGCUUCCCUGGCUCUGGCUGCGCCAGUCCAGCACAAGAGGGCUAACAAGCUCCAAUUCUUCGGUGUCAACGAGAGUGGUCCCGAGUUUGGCGAGACCAACCUUCCCGGUACCAAGGACACGGACUAUGUCUGGCCCACUCUCAGCACCAUUGACACCUUUUACAACAAGGGCAUGAACACUUUCCGUGUCAACAUCCUUAUGGAGCGCUUGACGCACAGCUCCAUGAGCGACACCCUUGACGCUGAUUACCUCGCGGACCUGAAGGAGACGGUCAACUACAUCACGAAGUUGGGCGCCUACGCCGUGGUCGUGCCCCACAACUACGGCCGCUUCAACGGCAACAUCAUCACCGACACCGACGGCUUCAAGGGCUGGUGGAAGACCGUUGCCACCGAGUUCAAGGACAACGAGAAGGUCAUCUUCGACACCAUCAACGAGUUCCACGACAUGGACCAGACCCUUGUCGUCAACCUCAACCAGGCCGCCAUUGACGGUAUCCGUGCUGCCGGUGCCACCUCCCAGUACAUCACCGUCGAGGGCAACAGCUGGACUGGUGCCUGGUCCUGGAAGUCCAGCGGCAACGCUGACACCAUGGGCAAUCUGACCGACACCGAGGACAAGCUCAUCUACCAGAUGCACCAGUACCUGGACAGCGACAGCAGCGGCACUAGCGAGACUUGCGUCUCCAGCACCAUUGGCAAGGAGCGUAUCGAGGAAGCUACCCAGUGGCUCAAGGACAACAACAAGAAGGGUCUCCUUGGAGAGUUCGCUGGUGGCGUCAACGACGUCUGCAAGGACGCUGUCAAGGGUAUGCUCAGCUACAUUGAUGACAACAGUGACGUCUGGACCGGUGCUAUCUGGUGGGCUGCUGGACCCUGGUGGGGCUCGUACUUUGCCUCUAUUGAACCUACGGACGGCGUUGCAUUCGAUGGCUACCUUGAUUUGCUUAUGGAAUACGCUUAA